UUUAUCCUGAUCUCUUGAUUCAUUUCUUUCUUUCUUUGAUUGUUCGGUUCUUUUGUUUUAUUUAUUUGUUUUUGUUGUUGUUUUCUUUUGUUUUUUAAAUCCCAUCUACAUUCGGUUAAUAGGUUAUGAAAGCAGAACGUUAAUGAGGAUGAACGAGCUCCAUGUAACGUAGUCCGGUGCUCAGGAUCGGAGUUUGUCGGGUGCGGUGCAGUGCCGGUGUUUGAGCUGAUCGACACAGCGCUUUAAGCUUCGUUGAAGAAAUCUGAAGCUGCCUGGACUGCUAGACCCAAAACGGACUGAUAAAUGCCACUACCUGAUUUCUGUUUGUCUGCUGCUACACUAACCAUAUAAGUCAGGACACCUUUAAAGAUGGAAAUGGAAAUAAGCGGAGUUUCCAGGACACAUGUCUCCAUUCUUCCUGCAGCCGACAUCAAAGCCACACUGAAACCAGAAGCAGAGAGACCUCGCUGUGCCAGCACCCCAUGUUCGCCAAUCAGAGGUACUGUUGCAGGAUACCAGAUCCUCCACAUGGACUCAAACUACUUGGUGGGCUUCACCACUGGUGAGGAGCUGCUCAAACUGGCCCACAAGUGGUCAGAAGGUAAUCCUGAGAAGGUCCAUGUAUCAGAGCCAGUGUCUAGCUCCAUCAAGAGCACUGUCCCCAAGUCUGUGGACUUGGGCAUCCACCGGUCAUCACGUAUUUUCAAAGCCAAAGGCCGCUACUACCAACCAUAUGACAUUCCUGCUGCCAGUGGGCGGAGACGAAGGCGUAUGCCCAGCUCGAGUGACACCUUCCUCAGGUCUCUGGCCCACAGCGAGUCUGGGAGGGGUCUGCAUGCUCCACUACCACUUUGUUUGCUUAAAGGUAAAGGUGCCCAGUCCAAGUCUCUGGACUACCUUAAUCUGGACAAAAUAAGUAUCAAAGAGUCAUCAGACACUGAAGUGUUACAGUACCAACUGCAGCACCUCACCCUACGAGGGGAGCGUGUGUUUACCAGAAACAAGACAUGAAAGCACGUGGAAAUUUUUUUUUUAGGCGUAUUUCAUCCUCUGGGGGAUUUAGGUGCUAUUUCUAGUCUCGUUCUUUCUUCUAAGAUUAUAAACAGUUCUUUAACGAGACACUCUGAUGAUAAUCGUGUUAUAUUAUUACUUGGGAGGUUUACCUUGUACUGUAUGCUUAACAUUAUGAGGUUGUUGAGGUUAAAAAUGUGAAUUAUAUAAACUUAGCAAUAACUGGUGGACCUAUUUAUUGACAAUGUUCCUUGACAUUGUUGUGUGUUUGUAAUGGUCAGAUACACACUGAUAUACCAGCUUAUAGCUGAGAAAAGCACAUAUCACGUACUGGAUCAGCUUUAAAAUGCACCGUUGACAUCAAUCCAAUAAUAGUUUUACUGUGACUGUUUUUGUUUGUUUGAGAUUGGAACUGCAUAGAACUGUUGAAUUUACAAUAUAAUAUUCUUUUGUGUUUCACAUUUAUUUAUGUAUUUAUUUAUUGAUGUUGUAGUACUGCUGGUUAAUAUCAAUAUGAUUUUUUUACCCACUAAUUUACAGUAAUUAUGUAAGGAAGAGGUGAUAGUCAAUUCAAAUUCUGUGUUUCUUAAGCAGCAUGUGUUAAGAAACACAUGCUGCUUAAAGUCUAUUUUAAUACAAUACUCAUAUGCCACGUGUUUUUAAGGGGUACUGGAUGCUACUUUCCCUCUCUCCACAACGAUGCUAAAACAUAAUAAUUAUUAAUAUGAGUAGUUUCACUUUUACUUGAAUGCUAGCUUAGAAAGGUGUUAAAUACAAAUGACAGGAGAUGCAACACAUCUCUGCAACACUCCAGGCCAACUUGAACCAAGGAUGUUUCAGUUAUUUUAAUUCUUUUAUAAACUAUCUCCUUACUUCUUCCACUACACAUGAAGUGUGAGAGUUCCUAUCUACAACUAAGACUAGUAUAUAUGAGUGGAGUAUCACUUCAUUGUAUUUGUAUGUGUUUAUUGGCUAUUGUUUGCAAAUAUGUAUCAGUGCAUAAUUUGUUUUCUACAUUGGGUGUGAGUGCACAACAGUAUGUAUAGGUGUGUCUUUCCCCUCACAGCUUGCAAUGGUUGAGUUUCUAUUGCAGAAAACCUUUUUCUGCACCAAAUUGCUCUGUUUGAUAUCUGCUUCAGACUAUCUCUGGAUAUCUCAGUGCACGUGUCACCACCAUGGCACUAAUUAGGCAUUGCCAGUAAACGCUGCAAUAUUGUAUAUAAGUAAGCCAUGUAAACACUUACACUUCUCUGGAACAAUCUAUACACCCUUUGAGUCUUUGCACAGUUGGACAUGCUUCUGUGAAAGAAUUGAAAUUGUGAAUUCUUGUCUCAAAACUCUGUGUUUUUCUUACACUUAACAGUGUAAAAUGUAAUGUAUUAAUUCAAACUGUAACAAGCCUUUGUGAAAUUGAAAUUUAAUGUGACAAUGGCAUCUUCCAAGUUCUUCUGUUGCAUAAAAUGAAAUAAUCUGCAGUACAGUCUGUGAGGCCAUUUAUCUCAGUCUUCUCAGGUCAGAGCCAUAGCGGCACGUCAGUGUUGCCACUGUGACUUUUUGAUACAAUCUGAGAGUCAGAAAUUAUGAUUAAUGAGAGCAAUAAUUAAAACAUUUAAAACAUUUCUCAUAAAAUCAAUGUAAUAAUGUUACUGUAAUUAUCAAAAACAAGCACAUUUUUAAGUGAACAAGGAUUUAGACAGUACCUUGUAUACGUUUUUAAAAAUGUAAUCGUUGGUCUAAAAAGCAGUAUUCCUCCUUUAUAAAGAGACUCAUGUGAAGUAAGUAAAUUUAAGUUUGUUAUUUCUGGAUCAAAACAGGAAUAUUCUCAGCAUGGCCCACACUCAGCUGGGUAGUGAGCAAAGCAUUCUUUCAACAAGUGCAUUUUCAUUUAGUUUUGAAGUGCAUUUUCCCGUUAUGCACAAAGUCGAUGUGGAAAGUGAAAAAGCAAAGAUGACGUGAUGCAAUGUUUUUAGACUGAGUUAGAAAUGUUAAAACAUAAUAAAAGUAAGAGACACUU